AUGAAAGAAAACAAAGAGAACACCAUGGACGAGGAGCUCCCAGGAACACCAAGCCAAAGACCAAGAACACAGUUUCUUCUCUUUUGGGGGCAAUUAUUUCUUCUGAUUCUGCUACCCUGCUUUGGAUCCUCUGCCUGUAACAGAGUGGACAGUGAAUCUCUCUUGUCAUUGGAUUUUAAAGUAUCGUUGCCAUUGAAUUGGUCUGCUUCCUCUUACUGUUGCUCAAGGGAAGGAAUAAGUUGCCACCAAGAUUAUGAUCAUCAUGAUCAACGUGUCAUCCGUCUAUGGCUUCCUGGGAGAGGCUUAACUGGCCCUCUCCCAAAGGACUUUUUUGCCUCCCUCUCUAGUACUCUCCAGGUCCUUGACUUGAGCUUCAAUUGUCUUAUCGGCCACUUACCACUCUCUUCCAACCAAAUCAGCCAGCUUCAAAUUAUAAACUUGUCCACCAAUUUCUUCAAUGGAACAAUCCCAUCUUCAAUCCUUGUCCUCUCAGUGUCCAUUUUCAACGUCAGCAACAACAUAUUUUCCAGGUCGUUACCCAUCAACAGUGGUGGCAAUCACACUUCCCUUGCCUUCUUGGACUUGUCCUUCAAUAAAUUCACUAAACCAAUUCCCCCCGGAAUUGGAUUAUGUUCCAAGCUCCAAGUUUUCCAUGCAGGCUUCAAUGGCCUUCCCGGUUCUGUCCCUGAUGAAAUUUUCAACCUAGCUGAUCUCCGACAGCUCUUUCUGCCUGUCAAUAGUCUUACAGGACCCAUCAGUGAUGGUAUCAUGAACCUCACCAAUCUCCAGAUCCUAGAGCUCUUUUCAAACCAGUUCUCUGGGCCAAUCCCGAGCCAUAUUGGUAACCUUUCCAGGUUGGAAAAUCUGCUCCUCCACAUCAACAACCUCACAGGUCCCUUACCUCUGUCACUCGCAAACAGUACAAAUCUGUCCACCUUGAAUUUGAGGGUCAACAACUUGACUGGAGACCUCUCUGCUUUCAACUUCUCACCUCUUCAGCGCCUCACCACUCUGGACCUUGGCAACAACAACUUCACUGGUGAGUUACCCAAAAGCCUCUGUUCUUGCCAGUCAUUAACAGCUAUUAGAUUGGCCAGUAAUCAGCUCACAGGACAGAUAUCACCUGAAAUAGUUGCAUUAGAAUCCUUGGCUUUCCUCUCCGUCUCUACUAACAACCUGACAAAUGCUACUGGGGCUUUUAGGAUUCUAAAGGAUGAUGAUAGCCUAGGAGACCCAGAUGGAUUCCAAAGUCUUCAGGUUUUUGCUCUGGGAGGUUGCCAAUUCACAGGUCAAGUACCCACCUGGCUAGCUAAUGUUAGAACUCUUGAACUCUUGGACCUGUCAUUCAAUCUUAUAACCGGUUCUGUUCCCGGUUGGUUGGCUAGUCUGGCCAACCUUUUCUACAUAGACUUGUCCAAUAACCUCCUUCAAGGAGGAUUUCCUAGUGAGCUCUGUGGGAUGCCGGCUUUGACAUGGAAAGAGGCCGGCAAUCAAGCGAGUCAGAGUUCUCUAGAGUUGCCAGUCUUUGUGAAGCCCAACAAUGCUAGUGAUCAGCAGUACAAUCGACUCUCCAACCUCCCCCCAGCCCCAGCCAUAUAUCCGAGUAACAACAGCCUUAAUGGCAGUAUCCCCAUUGAGAUUGGCCGAUUGAAGUUUUUUCAUGUGUUGGACCUUGGUCAUAACAAAUUCUCUGGCAGCAUCCCAGAUCAGGUUUCUAACCUCACUAACUUAGAGAAAUUGAAUCUUUCCUAUAACAAUCUAUCUGGUGAAAUCCCUGCAUCUCUCAAAGGUCUGCUUUUCUUGUCUUCCUUCAGUGUGGCAUACAACGAUCUUCGGGGACUUGUACCAUCUGGAGGUCAGUUUGAUACUUUUACCAUCUCCAGCUUUGAAGGGAAUCCGGGCCUAUGUGGUCCAAGAUCCAACACUCACAGAAAGCUUCUUACUGGACUCAUUGUUGCCGUUGGUUACUGCAUUGGCUUUGGCUUUGGUUUUGGCUUUGGUUAUAAACAAAACUUCCUUGUAAUUAAACUGGAAUUUCAUUGA